AACGAGAUUUAACGAGACUUUCAAAUUUAUGCAUUUAGCAGCCAUGUUAUGAGAAAACAAAGCCAAUUUCCUUGAAAAUAUAUAACGUUUUUCUUAGUUUCUAAAGAAUAGUUAAGGUCCUGCUGUUGCUAUGAGCGCGGAGACUGGAGACACGAAAGGAGAAGGAGUAGAGAAUGUUUUGGAUGAUAUUCUUGAUGGUAACCCCGGAGAUGAUGAUCUCAACACAGAAGAUAAUGUUGAAGAUAACCCUUCUGCAACAACGACCAAGAAAAAAAUUGUAAAGAAAAAGGUUGCAGUGAAAACAUCAAAAGCAAAAGGGAAAGUAUCAGCAACUACUAAAAAAGCUGCGGCAGUCAAAGCUGCUGCUAAAAAGGCUGAAUCAGUGAAGGCUGAUGAUUCUAUUUCUGAGGAGAAGCCAGAAGAAACAACACCAAAGAAAGUCGUAAAGAAAACACCAACAAAAAGAGCAGUAACCAAAACUGGAAAAGUCUCUGCUGAGAAGAAAGCAAGAAAGACUGUUGUGGCUGAUGUAAUAGAGGAAGCUUCAGAGGUUGAUGACGAUUUUAAAGAUGAUGAUGAUAAAAAUAACACAGAUCCUGAGACAGAGCUCCUGGAUUUGGUCAAGACUUCUAAAGAAUCGAUGAAAGAUACAGAUAUUGUUGAUAUUCUACAAGAUUACGAAUUGGAAAAGACAUCCAUAGCUGAGCACGAGUUAUCAUUAAACAAUAGUGAAGUAAAUGAUAGUAACUUACAUGAAACAUCAGAGGAGAUCCUGAAUCCUGAGGUGAUGGAGAAUGACUUUGACACUCGUAGUGAGACCAGUGAACAGCAUAGUCAGGAUGUUCUGUCUGGUGGUGGAUCAGAAAUGGAGUCUGAUGGUGAAGGUGGGGAUGAAGAGGGAAAUCCUCGCAAGAGGAAAUCAUCUGAUGGGCGGGCAAUCUCACCUAUAGAGUGGGAUAAAAGUGAGGAAGAGGAGGAGGAUGAAGAUGAUGAUGAGAAGUCUGGUGAUGAAGGCAGUGAUAAAGGAAGUAAAAAAUCUGGUGAUGAUGAGGAAAAGGCUCGAAAGAAGAAGUUGAAAUACUUCUUUAAGAAUGCAAGGUACUACCUUGUGAAAAGUAACAAUCAUGAAAAUGUUGCAUUAGCUAAAGCAAAAUGUGUAUGGUCCACUCCUCCACAGAAUGAAGCAAGGCUCAACCAGGCAUACAGGGAAUGUGAUAAUGUAAUUCUUGUAUUUUCUGUGAAAGAAAGUGGUAAAUUUCAAGGUUGUGCACGAUUAGCAGCACCUUCAACAAAAGAUCAUCCACCAAUACGAUGGGUACUACCUCCAGGUCUCAGUGCUAAGGCAUUAAGUGGAGUCUUCAAACUAGAUUGGAUCAGCAGGCGUGAACUAGAUUUCAUGAAGACUACACAUCUACAUAAUAAUUGGAAUGAAAACCGUCCAGUCAAAAUUGGGAGAGAUGGGCAGGAGAUCGAACCAAGAUGUGGUGAAGCUCUUUGCAAGUUGUUUCCCACUGAUGAUAAUGUGGAUUUGAACGAUAUAGUGCGCGAAGCUAAACGAACAAGUGCUAGGCGAGGAGAUUUUAAUUCCAGAACAAAUCGAGGGAGAGAUUCUUUCAGAGGUCGCGGGGAUUUUAGAAGGCGAAGACCAGACUUUAGAAGAGAUUAUGGUCCUCCACCAAAACGUAGUCGACAAGACUUCGGCAGGGAUAGAGGUUUUUUCAGAGAUAGAAGAUCUGACAGAGGCUCAUCAAGAUAUAAUCAGGGAGUUAGGAGAGAAACUUUUAUAAACGGGUCCUACAAUGAUUAUAUGAGGGAGUUUGUACACAGAGCACCAGCCCCACCACCAAUGCCACCAUAUGGACCACCUCCUCAAACAUAUAGUAUGGACCCUAUGGCACAGUACCAGAGUUACGAUCAUUCACGAGAAUAUCAGAUGCCUCCUCCAGAUUACAGCCGAUCUCAUUCCCCUCCUAGAUCUAGAUCUGAUAAACGCUCAAGUCGGGAUGGCUAUGAUAAAUACGAAAAAUAUGAAAGUCGCUACACAUCAUCAGGAAAUUAUGAUAGAGAUGUAGAGGACUUUUUAAGGCGUACCACUGGAGGCAGUUCAUCCCGCAGUCGUGAUCACGACAGAGAGCGUAGUCGUGACAGGGAAAGGGAACGUGAACAUAGGCAUCGUGAACGAGAACGUGAUAGUGAGAGAGAUAGGCACCGGGAGAGACAUCGUGAACGAAGAUGAGAGUAGCCACUUUUUUUAGCAAAUGUAUGAUUGGAGCGUAAUUGUUAUAUUUUUUAAUGACCAUGAGUGUGUGCUAGCUUUAUAUGUGUGAAUGUCCUUUAUAGAGAGUAUCAGAGUGUAUAAUGUAUAAAGGGUAUGUCGAGUCUACAUGGAGAGAUUAAAGUGGGUUUUAUAAAGAUAAAUUAUUUAGUGUACUUACAGAUUUAAUAUUCUGUAUAAGUUGCUGCUACCAGGUUGUUAUUCAGUUACUUACUUUAUUCACAUUGUAGUCUUUCUCAAUGAUAGAUUUUUUAAAGGUAUCAAAUCAACAUGGUCCAUAUAUAAGUUAUCUUGAAAUGAAAUAAUGCAUUUCAUGUAGAUGAGGUUAUUAAUUUGAUUUCAAUUAUUGGGAUUACAAGUUUAAAUACCUCUAGUUCUAAUGACAAUGGUAGCAGGAAGUUUUAUAGAUAUAUUCUUGUUAACUUGGAACAACAAGUUAGUUUUUUGUACAGUGAAAAAGAUAUAUUUGUAUAAAUUUCAUUUUGUAUUUUAAUUUGUGUGCUAUAUAUAACAUUAUCAAAAGUCAUAUCAUAUAACAUUUUUUUUUACACCAUUUGUAUAUAUUUGUGCAUAAUCAUACACCUGAUAUCAAAGGAUUUUGUCAUUUGGGAAAAAAGAUCAUUUGAUAUGUUAUCACAACACCAUUUGAAUUUUCAUGAGAUUGUAUUUUAAUUAAAUAAAUCUGUACUAAUAGUUAUAGUACAUAUAUGAGAUGAGUAGGUUGAUGCAGUCAAUGAAAUUAAUUUGUGCCUUUGUGUAAAACGGGCACACAUUGAGAUGCUACAAUUUCAGACUUGGUCAUAUUUCUGUACAGAAAUAGUAAAUCCUGUGCUCUAGUCCCUAACUUGUUUGUGUUUGAGUAUGGUACUGGCCAAUCAGAUGCUACAUUUUCAGACUGGUUUUUGUAUUCAAGUAUAGUAUCAGCCAAUCAGAUGCUAGAGUUUCAGACUGGUUUUUCUAUUCAAGUAUAGAUUUAGCCAUUUAGUAUUUCUGUACAUUAUUGUCCAAUCGGAUUUUGUCAUCUUAAGGCUGCAAUUAUAUUUACAAAUUAUCAUAUAUUGAGGUGUUUAUUACUGCCAAAAACUAGAUUUUACUCUUUGAGGGACUGCUUUUGUUGAAAGGUGUUGUAAAUUGACAUGCUUAAUCAUAACUAUGGAUAAAUGUUGUCAGAAAAAAAAAUAGAUAUGUUCAUUUUAAGAAAGUAGACAGUAAAGAUUAAUUUUGUUAUGAUAGUGCUUUAAGGAUAGUCUGAAGUUAUGUUUCCUUAACCAUUUUCUCCAAGAUUGUGUAUUUGAAUACUAUACUUAUAUUGUAUCAAUAUUAUCUUUUGUGGGACCUAGUUCAUACUUUUCUUUUUAUUUUGUGUUUUAUUUCAUAUUCUUUUUUGUACCAUAAUUUGUAGUUUGUGUUAAACAUUAUUAAUUUCAUAUUUUCAUUAUAGUUAUAUGUACAUGUAUUUCAAAAUCCCCAAUAUAAUGUCCAUCUAUUGUUGUUUAUACAUGAAUGUAAAGUUAAAUAUAAGACGGUAUUUUGUACAGUAUUACCAUUCAUUAACAUUCUGUACCAACAUUCUGUAAAGCAUUGCAUUUUAACAUUUCAUAAUUGUGCAAUCCUCGUCAUUUAAAUGUCUGUCAGGUGAUACAAGGUGAAUGAGAUACUAUUUAUAUAUUAUAAUAAUUUUUGUUUGAUUGAAUGAAGACAGGAAAGCAAUGUAGUAAGAUACUAUUGUAUUGAUGUAUUAUCACACCUGUUUGAGGGAUGGACUGGAUGUUUCUUUCAUGAGCAAUUGCUGGGCAUGAUAGAUCAUAGAUGUAAUUAGUAGACCACAGUUUGCCUGUUCAUCAAUUUGGAAAACUUCCUUUUUCAUAUCUAAAGAUUAAGUUUUGAAGAAUUGAAAAUAUUUGAGCAUUGAUCCAUUUAGAGGCUAUAUAAAUUCUUCAUUUUGAAAAAAGAAAAAGAAAGCAUAUUGAACAAACAUUAUUGUUUAUCUCUUUUGAUAAUUGAGGCACGUCACGACAAAACCAACAUAGUGCGUUUGAGACCAGCAUGGAUCCAGACCAGCCUGCGCAUCCGCGCAGUCUGAUCAGGAUCCAUGCUGUUCGCUUACCAACUCUAUUACAAGUAAAGAAACUGAUAGCGAACAGCAUGGAUCCUGAUCAGACUGGUCUGGUCUGGAUCCAUGCUGGUCGCAAACGCACUAUGUUGAUUUUGUCGUGACGCGGCUCAUAUAUAUUUGUGUUGGAUGUUGAAUCAUUCCAUAAUAUUGUAUUAACACUUAGACGUUUUGUAAUUUACUUUGUUGCUAUAUAUAAGGGUAAUUAUCAUGAAAGUUUGUUAAUUUACAUAUUUUUGUGACUGUAUUUACAGCAAUAAUUUAGGUAAUAACUGUCCUGCACAGAACAAUAUGGAGAUUGUAGAUAAGCAUUUUUGUCAAAACACAUUUUAAAUUUUCCUGUUUCAUCCACAAUUAUAAAAAAUAUAGUGCCAAACGUACAAUAAACGCAUACUUAAAUCUUGUUCUUUUAUGUUUGUAAUUUUCUUUUAUCAUUUUAGUUUUUAUAUUUUUCAACUCACAAUGACAUAACAGGGCAUAUAAAGCAUGGUUUGUAGUAUUUGUGUAAUGAUAAUUUGAUUUAUUUUUUUUUAUCAUCAUUUUUCAAGGCUUAGCUAUGGGAUUUUUUUACCCAGUCUUAAACGGUAAGAUAACUCUAAAUUUUCUUGUACAGAAAUGUAAAGUUCAUUAUUUUUCAUUCAUAUUAUCGUUUAUGACUGCGUUUGUAACAGAUUUCUAAACUUUUUGUGGGUAUUUACAAACUGAAUGAUUAUGUAUAUGAUGUAUAUAGUUUUACAAAUUGGUUGUCAUGAUACAUUAUAUAAGUAGAGUGGGAUAAAUCUCCCAGCCUACAUUAUUGUACAAUGUUAACAUAACUGAUGUGGAAUAAACACAAAUUUAUAUAAAAAA